AUGGGGAUUGCAGAGGAACGAAGAGUGAUAAGAAAUAAGUAUGGGGAAACAGAGGAGAAGACACUGAUGGCCCCGCCGCAAAUAAUCAAAACUGUAGUGAAUGAAAACCAAAAAAGAAUUCGCUCUCCACAAAGAGAAGAGCGGGAGGAGAGACAGUAUCAACAACAGCGGCUACAUGAAUACAAUCGAGGGGCUAACGAACGUCAAAGGUCCGAUGGACAAAGCUUGGAGCCAGGCAUGGGGGAAAAUCUCGGUGCUCACUUCCAUCCUCACAAAUUCAAAAAACUUGAUAGUGGGAACUACAGAGUUGCAGUGAGGGGAGAGGGGGCUGAACGAGGUUAUGGGAAUAGAAACAGAGACGGUCCCCACAAAGAUUGGGAGAAAGAUAACAAUGCUCGCCAAGAGGUUAUAAGAGAAAGAGGAAGGGAUCUGCGAUACAGUCUUCGCGAGCAGAGGAACCAUAGAAGCAAAGAAGUGUGGAGACGCAUUGAAAGACCGAUAGAUGCCGUAGUUCCGCGAAAUCGCAGAAUGAAAUGGGAGCCGAAAGCAAAAGAUGGCGGAGAGGAUGAAUUGUCGCGACUCUCCUCCCAUGAAAGACAAGGACAGCGCCAACAGAUUAACUUGACCUCCAAAGCUAUAUCAGACUCACAACGCACUAUCUCGGACCAGAUAGCGGGGCUGGAUAUACAACAUAAUCUGAUUGAGAAUGGCUCUGCAACACAAGAUCAGGAGACGGAGGAUGAAAGGAGAAGGAGGAUUAAAGGAAAAGCAAAAGAGAUAGAAGGAGAAAAUGGAUCACGAAAAUUGGUGCAGUUUGGCUAUCUAAAGAAACCAGGCCCGAUAGUGAUCCGGGAGCAAAACUUUCAAGAAACACCAACAUCGGCACGGACCCAGUUGGUAGAGGAACUUGCACGGGAGGAUGAGGACAUCAUGGAGCUGGACGAGAAGCUGGGAUCGGAUGUACUGGGAGGGGACCUGACACCUCUUAUGACCGACAAAGAGCUUGAAGAUUUUGAUAGAGAAGUUGCCGAGAAGGAUAAAGCACAACAGCUCAUAGUGAUGAAUGAGGAGGAGAUGGAAGAAGAUGACUUAUUAGGAGAUGAGAUGGGGGAUGAGUACGAAAAGAUAGAUGCCAUUUCUCAACUUACCCCUUCUCCCAAGAAACGCGUUUCAGACAAACUCCACCACACACUAGCAAAGAAGGAGUAG